AUGGGCUCCAGUGACAAUCUACAGCCUCAGGCCAUUGGUCUGAUCUUUGCUUUUCCUUCACUUGCGACCGUGGCUGUGGCUCUACGCCUUUAUAGCCGCACACUGACGAAGUCGUUUGCCGCAGAUCGGCAGAUCAUGUACUGGGCGGAGACAUUUACAUCUUAUAAAGUGAUCAUUUACACGUAUAUUGGCUAUAAUGUUGGGGAUAUACCUCUCGACUAUCCCGCUACUCUUGGAAACAAAUAUGGUUACGCGACUGAGCUCAUCUACAAUCCCAUUUUAGCUCUCGUCAAAACCUCCAUCCUGCUCUUCCUCUUGCGUUUGACUGGCCAAAAAACCAUCUGGGGACUUUUGAUCUUCAAUGGCCUCACGGCUGUUGUCACGUUCUUGAUCACUGUUUUUCAUUGUCUUCCCAUUGCCGCUAACUGGGAUGCGGCUUCAUAUCCUGACGCGAGGUGUCUCAAUUUCGCAGACUUCGUUACCGGCACCGCCUCGGUAUCCAUUCUUACCGACGUGUUGGCGCUAAUUUUGCCCACCUGGAUCGUAUAUCGGCUACAAAUGCAAUGGAAUCAAAAAUUGAUGCUGAUUGGUAUUCUAUCUUUUGGUCUUUUAACUGUGGUGGCAGGCAUUGUUCGCGUGAUUCUCCUUGACAAAUUCGACCGCCAUAUCCCCGAAAAUUACACACACUCGGUCCUCUUUUGCGUGUCAACUAUCGAAGUCGGCCUGUCGUUUGUCGCUGCGUGUGCUCCCUCCUUCAAACCACUCGUUACCCGACUCGUCCCCAAGCUCUUCGGCUCGACCCGCACCGGCCCGUACGGCGGCUCCACCAACCGCAGCGGUCGGGGCUACAACCUUGAGAAUGGGACAAACUUCAGUCGCCGGGAGAACGAUCAGACCAUCACCGUUGUCGAGGGUGGGGAUCAUGAAUUGGGGUACGGACCCAAGACGAUGAAUCCCAAGAACAUGAUCACCAUGACCACACAGAUGGAGGUUACUUGGGCACAGUCAAAUCGCGAGGAUCAGGAUACCAGUAGCACGGAGAGUCUUGUGCAUGCGAAAUAA